AGCCCGGGCCACCUGCAGACUGCUAUCAAACCCUGAGGCCUGGGGCAAAGUUGGCGGCUACCUUCGCGCUGGGCCAUUCCCCCUGCCUCGCCCUCACUGCCACCCUCCCCCGGAGCUCGUGGUCACUGCCUCUGGCACGCGUGUCACCAGUCUCAGAGAGGCCAGCAGCGCGCCCCUGAGCGCCCCUCGCCCAACCUGCCGGCCGAGCGCGCUCUCCAUAGACUGCCCGCACUCUUCUUUUACCGGGGGGCCUAAGGGCUGGGCUCCGCCCCAGCGCCACAGCUUCGGGGCUCCCCGCCGCCGGGACUGCCGACGCUGCCCGGCGCCUGGCGCUCCCAGCGCGUGGGGCAGCAGGAGCUCGUGCAGCGAGAGCAGGACUGCGAGCGGCGGGAGCAGAGGAGUGGCGCGGAGGGGAGCAAACGGGUGGGGAGGGGAGGGCAGGGGAGAGAGCCCUGGACCGGAGGAGCUGAGCGGGCGCCACACCGCCCCGCGCCCCGCUGGCUCACUCGCUCCGGAGACUCGCGGGCGGCAGCCUGGACGCACUCGCCGGGUCACCUUGUCCCGGAGGAGAAAUGGGUCCCAUGAGGCAAGCGUGACCUUCAAGCCCAGUCCACCUGCCUGACCUCAGUCGGGAAGGAAAACACCAUGGAUGGCAUCAUUGAACAGAAGAGUGUGUUGGCACACAGUAAAAUCAGCGAUGCUGGCAAGAGGAAUGGCUUAAUUAACACCAGAAACUUCAUGGCUGAGAGCAGAGAUGGCCUGGUGUCUGUGUACCCUGCACCACAGUACCAGAGCCGCCGAGUGGUGGCUGGUGCAGCUCCUGCAACCCUGGACAGCAGCAGGAAUGAGCCAGCCCAGCAGCUGCUGGACCCCAACACCCUCCAGCAGUCAGUGGAGUCCCACUUCCGCCCCAACAUCAUCCUCUACUCAGAGGGGGUUCUGCGCUCCUGGGGGGAUGGCGUGGCCGCUGACUGCUGUGAGACCACCUUCAUCGAGGACCGGUCACCCACCAAAGAGAGCCUGGAAUACCCUGAUGGGAAGUUCAUUGACCUCUCAGCUGAUGAUAUCAAAAUCCACACCCUCUCCUAUGAUGUGGAGGAAGAGGAGGAGUUCCAGGAACUGGAGAGCGAUUACUCCAGCGACACAGAGAGCGAGGACAACUUCCUCAUGAUGCCCCCGAGGGACCAUCUGGGCCUCAGUGUCUUCUCCAUGCUCUGCUGCUUCUGGCCUCUGGGCAUCGCGGCCUUCUACUUGUCCCAUGAGACAAACAAAGCCGUGGCCAAGGGAGACUUCCACCAGGCCAGCACCAGCUCCAGGCGGGCCCUCUUCCUGGCUGUGCUCUCCAUCACCAUUGGAACUGGCAUCUAUGUGGGUGUGGCCGUGGCCCUCAUUGCCUACCUCUCCAAGAACAACCACCUAUGAGCUUCAUCCAGGAGCAUAGCUGAAGAACUGGGGCCAUGUUUGCAGACACAGAGAAGGCAGGGCUGGCAAAGGGUGGACACAGAGGGAGACACACCUGUUUGAUGCUGUACAGUAGAAGUUAUUGCUGAACUACUCCAUAAAGCCCUGGAAUUUUCUUCCCUUGAAUUUCUUUAGUUUUUCCCCUUGAAUUUUAUUUUCACAGCAUUGUGUAGAGCACGAGAUACCGUGGGCACUACAAACCCUUCCAAAUGGAAUUUCCAAAGAUCUGAAUGGGUUCUACUGGAUCAUAGACAGUUCUUAUCUCGGCAGCUCCUGAGUGCCUGGAAGGUCAUCGCAUUAGCAAUAUACAAACAGUAACAAAUGUGUUUUCUUAUGGAAUAUGGUGCAAAAGGCUGAGAGCAGAGGACGUGUCACUAUCCUGUCUGUGGACAUGCUUGACUGCUCUGAUACCUCCCCGUCUACCACCACCCUCUCUGCAGGAAGAAAAUGGGGCUGAGCAGGGAGACAGACACAACUGCUGGUGGGCUUCCCCAGCCCUGUGAACGCAAACCCAGAGUUGUGUGGGAUACAUGCCCAGUUUGUGUUUCAUUCCCUACAUGCUAUCCCCUGCCUAGGAAUGCCGGGUCUCCUUCAGAAUGUGCCGCGAUCAGCAGCCACUGUGCAAAAUAUGCAAUCUUGGGAACUUGUGAUCUAGAGUAAGGGGGGGGGCAGAUCACAGCCCCUCCCAAAGGCUCCUCCCAUAAGGACCCCUGGCUUGCCCCAGCAUUCUCAUGAUGGGGCCACCUUGGCACAGACACAAGGGGAUGCUUCCCAGGCGCCUAUGUUGACACUCACCUUGGCGAUAAAGAAUGACACUAGUGAUCUUUAAAAAGAGAUGAACUUUCUCUGUCAACUAAAUGAAUAGCUAUUUUCUUGUCAUUUUUUUUAAGUGCAGCUGUUGCUUCAUGCUAUUUAAGUUAUCAGAUGAAUGCUGAGAAAUAAGUAAUCACAGACAUUUUAUUACCAUUUCA